ACUGUCGUUUCCUGUUCUUUUAAGAAGUCAAACGCUGUAUGAAGACCACAUAAACGUAUAUUAAAUCAUGAAAUGGCAUCCCAAAAAUAGUCAGAACUGAACUUCAGAUUUAUUUGAAGAAAGAAAGAAUACUUUGACAAUGUGGGGCAAUGAUAAUUUUCCCAAAAGAAAUGGACAUGGGAUCCAGGAAUGGCCAGAUGGAUCUAAAUAUGAGGGAGAAUUCAAAAAUAACCUGAAACAUGGCUCUGGUGUCUUCACAUGGGCAAAUGGAGAGUUCUACAAAGGUUCAUUUUUUAAGGAUUAUCGCCACGGAAAAGGCACUUAUUCCUGGCCGAAUGGAUCCAAAUUCACAGGAAAGUUUUAUUUGAACCGUAAAGAGGGAUAUGGAAUUCAGGUUUUCUCAGAUGGAGCAACCUUCAAGGGUUUGUAUCAUGCUGAUGAACGCUUCGGGCCUGGGGUUUUAAAAUACCCUGAUGGGCGAAAAGAUGUGGGCCUUUGGCACAGAGAGAGGCUACUGCGAUUGUGUACCAUACUGGAGGGCGGCUUUACUCUUAGGGACUUCCCAGAACACAUGGACGGACUACCCAAGAAACACCUUCUGAACCAACCUCAACUUCUCUCCGUAGAGUCAAGGAUGGAUGAAGAGACAGACCAAGAUACCUCAGAGGACGAAGAACGCUUUAUCUUGCCUCCAGACAUUGAGAGAUAUUCUACGGAUUCAGACCACCUACCCGUCCCCAAGUUUCUACGUCAGGAACUGGACAUGCACUUUUUCGGUAGAAGUGACAUCAGCGUAGAGGAGCAGUCACCACCCACAGCCUUGCCUCUGCAGCAGCGCAUGAAUGGCAACAUUCAAAGACACAGAUUUGAGAUAGAGACAUUAGAUUGGGAUGUUGCCGCAGUCCUAAAUAUAAACAGAGAUCAGUUUGGACCCAAAGGUCAACUUGAACUGAACUCAGAGAAACUGAUCAAAGAGGCUUCACAUGGUGACUCCAAGAGCAUUUACCAAGUUCUCAGAGAUGGAAACGUCCAUCCUGACGUGAGUGACGCACAAGGACAUACGGCACUCAUCGCAGCCACGGUUAAUUGCCACAAUGACGUCAUCCACUUGCUGCUGAACAGUGGGGCUGAUGUUAAUAAGUUAAAUGAUGAAGGCAUGUCUGCUCUUGCUGUCUGCAGUGUCCUUUACUACCCAUUCCAAUCAUUAUGUGAGACACUGGCUGAGAAAAUUACCCAGAAUAUCAGCUCUGAAACAUGGAUUAAACCCCACACCCCUUUUGAGGAUGUCUCUCAAGAAUCCUCUCCAGAUCCAAUGACAGAAGCACCCAAAGAUGAAAGCGGUGAAGAGACAUUUGAGACAACAAGACAGAACAACCAUGCUGACAAAAAUCUUGAACCUGAGAACUUUAAUUACUCAGAGAAACUUGAAGCUCUAAAGAAUAGUUACGAAAACAAGGACACAAGGGAAGAUGAGAUAGUUACUUAUACUGAACAUCUAGAGAGCCUCAACGUCUCUGAGGACCCAGAAGCUCCAGAGCAAAUCAACAAAAACAAGGAUGUAAACAAGGAUGAGAUUGUCACUCAGCAACCCGAAGGCCUCAAGAACUCUGUGGAACCUUUAGCUCAAGAGCCAAUCAAACAAAACCAAGUCACAAAUGAAGAUGAGACGGUUCCCCAGCCUGACCAACCUGAAGGCCUCAAGAAAUCUGAGGUACCUUUAGCUCAAGAGCCAAUGAAACAAAACCAUGUCACAAAUGAAGAUGAGACGGUUCCCCAGCCUGACCAACCUGAAGGCCUCAAGAACUCUGAAGAACCUUUAGCUCAAGAGCCAAUGAAACAAAACCAUGUUGCAAACAAAGAUGAGACAGUUCCCCAGCCUGACCAACCUGAUGGCCUCAAGAACUCUGAAGAACCUUUAGCUCAAGAGCCAAUGAAACAAAACCAUGUCGCAAACGAAGAUGAGACAGUUCCCCAGCCUGACGAACCUGAAGGCCUCAAGACCUCUGAGGAACCUUUAGCUCAAGAGCCAUUGAAACAAAACCAUGUCGCAAAUGAAGAUGAGACAGUUCCCCAGCCUGACGAACCUGAAGCCCUCAAGACCUCUGAGGAACCUUUAGCUCAAGAGCCAAUGAAACAAUACCAUGUCACAAACGAAGAUGAGACAGUUCCCCAGCCUGACCAACCUGAAGGCCUCAAGGACUUAGAGAAUCUUCAAGCUCAAAAUCAAAGCACUGAAAACAUGGGUGUGAACAAGGAAGCAGUUCUUCAGCCUGAGCUUGAACAAGACAGGCAAACAGUAGAACCACACGUCAUCAAGUUCUCAAAGAUACUUAAGACUAGAUCCAUUCAAGUCUUUGAUGAUAAAAUCCCAGUGGGCUCAGUGUCCUGGCAAGAGCAGAUGCUGGAGAAGUAUAACAACUCUGAGAAAGAGAUAGAUCAGGAGAUGGAUGAAGGUUUGGAAAGGAGCAUCAAAUCAGAUGACCCUACCUUUGAUUCUGCAUGUUCUAUGGCUAGUUUUCACAUUUACGUCACAGAGGAGGACCUGCAGAAGAGUGCAGAGGCCCUGUGCCAGAUAAGUACAGUGACCCCUGCAGACACCCAAGAGACAGUCUGGAAAAUUGCCCUUCUAAAGACAGAGCAUCGGAAUCGAUGGGUCACAAUUAAGCUACUGUUGGAGAGAGGAGCAGACCCAAAUGCCUCUACUGUCCCCAUGCCAGUCAUCUUCCUGGCUAUCAAAGCUUCCCAUGUCGAGGGGGUUCGCCGUCUGCUGGAGUGUGGGGCUUGCACAGACAUACCUCUACCUCCAGAGCAAAAGGGCCUUUACCCCCUUCACAUAUCAGCAGGAUUACCAGGAGUAGAGGGCACAGAAAUCACUGAACUCCUUCUUCAUGCCCUGGCAGACCCUGACGUCAAAGCUGAGGAUGCUGAUGAAGUCUAUGAGCUUGAUAAGAACAUGUUUGAGAUCCAGGCCUUUGAGAAUAAACAUUUCAUGGCCUCUGGACCCCCAGCUAAGUUCAGUUGCACCCCUGUCGAGCUUCCACAGGAAGGCGGGAGGACACCACUGCACGUGGCCUGCCAAAGAGACAGUGAUUAUACAAAUGCUAGAGAUGUGGUGGCCCUUCUCCUUUCUCACAGAGCAAGUACUAAUCAUUUGUGGAGUGGCCAUUCACCCCUGUCUCUGGCCAUCGCAAGUGGUAACGACCUUGCUGUGGAUGAACUGCUGGAUGGGGGAGUAGAUCCCAAUCUUCCACUCACUCGUCACGUGGGUAGCGCCCUCUGUGCCCUUGCCAAUAUCAACUAUGACGGUGGACCACAUCCACGCAACCAAGUCAAGCUGCUUGAGAAGUUGAUCAAAGCUGGCGCUAACAUUCUCCAGCCUGUCAUGAUGGGCGAGGGACGCAGGUGCGCUGUGGGAACUGUCGUGGAUUAUGCUCACUACGCAUUCCAACAGGACCAGCGAGUGGCUCAUACCCCAUAUCAUGCCCUAAACAAACGUGAGAGACAGGUUUAUAACAGCCGACGGCAGUUGCUAGGCCUCAUGGGAGAUCUCCUGAGACAGGCAGCAAUCCGAAUGGAAAGAUGCCGCGUUGAGGAGGAACGGAGCCAAGGCAUACUCAGUGUCAGUCCCUCAGAGAGGUUUGUGUACACUGGAACAGGUGCCACACAGAGUCUGCUGAGCUCUUCUGAUGAGAAUGACAUUAGUCGGAAAGUACAGAGAAAACCUCUCUUCAAAUAUUGCUACCAGUGUGGUCGUUCAGUUGGGGUGGUCCUGUCGGCUUGUAGCCGCUGUCUUGAGGUCUUUUACUGCAGCAAGACCUGCAAAAUAAAGGCCUGGGACGAGCGUCACCGAGACGAGUGUAUCCGUGUGCCAGUUGUGAGUGGUGACAAUAGUAGAGGUAAACACACAUUCAGCAAUCGGCGUCAACCUCUUUCAGCCAAAGACGUCAAAGGCAAGACCUUCCAUCUGAACGUGACCCCAGAAAUACAAGAAUAUGACCUUAAAGAAAAUUACAGUUUUAUUUAGCUGUUAAAGGCUUAAAUGUUUCCCCAGACUCCAAUUAAAUAUAAUUAGUAAUGUAAGGUUGUGGCCUCACAUUACUCUUUCUGAAAAGCUUUUGUUCUGUUAUUCUGUCACAGAAUGUGACUUGUCAUUCUAUCUAACACUUUUUUUUAACCUCAUACAUCCUCGUAUAACAUGUAACAAUAACAUUUUGAAGGUCUUGUAGAAUAGUUUUUUAAAGGGCA